AGGUAUAGAUAUACUUUCGUUGCCAAAGGGACUGUAACGGCAUUCGAAGCCAAGUUGAAACACGAAGGGUUGGUUUACCGGCACUUGGACGAAGUUCAAGGGGGCAUCAUACCUGUCUAUCUUGGGAACAUCUCUCUUAUCCGUCCUUUCUUUCUUGACUUUGGGGUCGGAAUAGUUCACAUGUUGCUUAUAUCAUGGGCAGGCAAGCAGGCGCGCAAGGAUUUGGUAUUGGGUAUGGGACGGGAUUUGGCUGCGGAGACAAGCGGGGCAGUUACAAAGAUAUUGGAUCGUGGGGUAGAGCAUCGUAACGUACGGCCACCGAAUAUGCUAUAG